UGUUUGACAAAGAGUUGUAUGAAGAAGGCGGCAAAUUACAAUUACACGUUCACCUCCAAUUUCAUAAGCAAAUUUUUUUUUAAAUUUGUUUUGUGAAAAUUUUACCGUAACCAUUACGUCUUUUGUUUUCCAAUCGUGAUCAAUUAGCACUCCACCUCUUUGCCGAAUAACGGCGCUAUUCCACAUUUGUUUGCCUUUAUCUUUUGACAUUUUGUUUCUUGCACUUCUCUUUCGCCCCCAAAACAAAAAGCUGAGAAGUAAAAUGGUUGACACAGCGAAGCCCUGGCAACUUUCCGGAGUGUACGGCAAUGGUAUUCCGGCGCUGAGCCUGCUCCACCUAGAGAUCGAUCAAUUUUACAGCUGGCUAUGUACCACACCCACGGAGUUCUAUUUGCGGGCGGAGGCAGUGCGUCGCAUCGAGGACGUGGUGCUCACUCUGUGGCCAAGCGCCUGCGUGGAGGUUUUUGGCUCCUUCCGAACUGGCCUUAAUCUUCCGGACUCGGACAUCGACCUGGUGGUGCACCAUGGUAACUACUGGGACCCCGGAACCCCGCUACACGAACUCAAAAGAGAACUGGUGGCCCGUGAAGUCCCAGAGACGGACACCGUGAGUGUCCUGGACAAGGCCUCUGUGCCGGUGGUCAAGUUCACGGAGCGCAUCUCCCGCAUCAAGUUCGAUGUGACCUUCAAUGCGGCCGCCACUUCCGGCGUCCAGGCUGCCGAGCUGAUCAAGCAGUUCAUCCGCCAGUUCCCCGAGCUGCCCAAGCUGGUGAUGGUUCUCAAGCAGUUCCUCCAGCUUCAGGGACUCAACGAAGUCUACAGUUCCGGCGGAGUCUCCUCCUACGCCCUCACCCUCAUGGUCAUAAGCUUUCUGCAGCAGCAGAAGCGCAGCAAUAAGCGCUAUGGCAGCAACAACAAACUGGCUCUGCUGCUCCUCCAGUUUCUGGACUACUACGGCCGCAAGUUCGACUUCUUAAAGUACGGAAUCUCGGUGCUCGGAAACGGCGGCUGCGUGGAGAAGGAACGACUGCGGUCCGCCCUUGGCGAGAACAACUGGCAGUCGGUUCUGAGUAUCGAGGAUCCGGUGACGCCCACCAACGACAUUGGGAGGAGCUCCUGGCAGGCGCUACAUGUGAUGCAGGGAUUCGAGGCCGCCUUUCUCAAACUAUCCAAGCUGGUCGACUCCGACUCGUCCAAGAUCGUGGGCCCCAUCCUGGCCAGCAUCGUGGAGGUACCGCAGUCGUUGGUCAACUACCGGGCGUGGGUGCACGUCAACUUCCAGCACUUGUUGGCGCCGGGAUCUGAACCUGGAUCUGGAUCUGCACCUGCACCUGCCCCUGCUACCAAUCCCAAUGGUCAUAGUCAAUCGUCGGGGAUCCCGAGCUCCUCCAGAUCCAAUUCCGCGUCCGAGGACGAGCGCUCGGAUGGCCCCUUCCGCCGCUGCGGGGAUGGUCCGCCCCAGAAUCUAGAUUUAGACCUCGCAAAGCAUAAGUUAAAUUAAGAAUUUUUACGUUUUAUGCUACUCGUGAUUUUACUUUUUUACAUUACCUUCUAUAUUUUAUUUGCCUCACCUUAUGCUCGGCAUAUGAAAACUACAAAAAAAAGCAUUUACUUAAUAUAUGUGUAUGCAGUGACAGUCAAAAUAAUAGCACCGACAAUAAAAAAAAUUAAAUUCAUAA